AUAUGUUGAUGAUUGCACGGAGAGAACUCUCAUCUGAGGCUCCCGUUCUAUCUCUCUCUGUCUCUCCGUCUCUCUCCGAAGCUUUUCGGGUUCGUUCUUGAAGAAGAAGGAGAAGAAGAAGAAGAAGAAGAAGAUGUCUCUGCUCUCCGAUCUUCUGAACCUCAACCUCUCGGACACCACCGACAAGAUAAUCGCCGAGUACAUAUGGAUCGGUGGAUCGGGUAUGGACUUGAGAAGCAAAGGGAGGACUCUUAAUGGACCGGUGAGCGAUCCGGCAAAGCUUCCGAAGUGGAACUACGAUGGAUCGAGCACUGGCCAGGCUCCCGGCGAAGACAGUGAAGUCAUAUUAUAUCCCCAAGCAAUUUUCAAGGACCCAUUUAGGAGGGGCAACAAUAUUUUGGUCAUGUGCGAUGCUUAUACUCCUGCUGGAGAGCCCAUCCCCACGAACAAGAGAUUCGAUGCUGCCAAGAUCUUCAGCCAGCCAGAUGUUGUUGCUGAGGAGCCUUGGUAUGGGAUCGAGCAGGAGUACACCUUGUUGCAGAAGAAUGUGAAGUGGCCGCUCGGCUGGCCGGUGGGAGGCUACCCUGGACCUCAGGGACCGUACUACUGCGGUGUUGGAGCCGACAAGGCACUGGGUAGGGACAUCGUGAACUCUCACUACAAAGCUUGUCUCUAUGCUGGGAUCAACAUCAGCGGCAUCAAUGGCGAAGUCAUGCCCGGCCAGUGGGAAUUCCAAGUUGGCCCUGCUGUUGGCAUCUCUGCCGGAGAUGAACUGUGGGUGGCUCGCUACAUCUUGGAGAGGAUCACAGAAAUUGCUGAUGUUGUCCUCUCCUUUGACCCCAAGCCCAUUCAGGGUGACUGGAAUGGUGCUGGUGCCCACACAAACUACAGUACCAAGUCGAUGAGGAACGAGGGAGGAUAUGAGAUUAUCAAGCAGGCGAUUGAGAAGCUCGGAGUGAGGCACAAGGAGCACAUUGCUGCUUAUGGAGAAGGCAAUGAGCGCCGCCUCACUGGACGACACGAAACAGCCGACAUCAACACCUUCUUAUGGGGAGUGGCGAACCGUGGAGCGUCGAUUAGGGUUGGGAGAGACACGGAGAGAGAAGGCAAGGGCUACUUUGAGGACAGAAGGCCAGCCUCCAACAUGGACCCUUAUGUGGUGACCUCCAUGAUUGCGGAGACCACCCUCCUCUGGAAACCAUGAAAGACCAGAGACGAUUGAGAAGAGAGGAAGAAGCCAACAGCCACCGACUUGAUGUUCUCCUAAAUCAUCGCAAUCAAAACAAGAACAUCCGUUGGGUUCUCUCUGUUUUUAUGUCCUUGUGGGGGAGUGUUGAGAACAAGAAAAAUUGUACCUCGUUCUGUUUCCUUUCUUCUUCAAGAUUUGGUUGUCUUAUGCUAGGGUUAAAGUCUGGGGUAAAGUCAAGAUCAUGCAUAUUGCGGUGGUGUCUUCGGACGUCCAGCCAUUGUUACGUACCGUUUGCAUUUAUCUUUAUGAUGAAUAAAGUCGACGACUACAUCGACAACUUAGCGUU